UGUUGAAGGCGGUUUGUAAACAUUUGAUCUGACUUGCUAUUUUUUGUAAUUGCUCAAUACAAGUUUGAUUCGGAUAUGUGCGGGGAGUUUGAUGAUUACGUUACCUGUUUCGGGGGCUAGCAACUAAAUGCUUCUGUGAAGAUUAAAUCUAGAACACACAAAAUUAAAUAGUCAUGCUUCGAAAUGGACAAUAAAUAUUACGAUCUCGAUAUUCCUAUUGAAGCAGUAAAUGGAUGUCUUCUUGCACGACUUUUUGAUUGUGGAUAUCAGUAUGUAGCAGUCAAUCAGCGCGUAUCAAUCGACGACUUCAAUUUUGAUGUUAAGUCAGAUUCUGUUGUUCGAAAGAAAAGCAAAGAAGAGAGACAAGCGAUGCGACAAGAACUUUUAGCGAAAUUAGAGCCGCCGUCUUCAGAAGUUCUAGAAAAAUAUAUCAAAGAAAGUAGCGCAUUCAGAGCAUCGGCAUGUUCACCUACAGUAUCGUGUAAACCACGAAUCUUCACACGUCUGACAUUAGAGUGUGAUGAUGCCGGAAAUGCUGGAUUAUUUUUCCGUCAGUUUGAGAAUAAACUUAACGCUUUUGAUGUUGUCAGUUUUUGUCCUACCUCAAAUGCAGCCCUUGUAUAUGCCUGUGAGAAGGCUUUAAAUAUAGAUCUAAUAACAUUUGAUCUCACAAAGACCUGUGAAAUCCGUCUGCAAAGUAAACAAUGUAACCAGAUGAUGUCACGAGGCAUUCACCUUGAAUUCCAACUUGCGCCUGUACUCCGUUCCGCUUCCAGUGUCCACAGCGCGCGUUCAGUUUUAUCGCAGUAUUUCAGCAGCUUACUUUGCUACUCACGAAAAUCGUUUAUCAACAUGAUAGUCGUCAGCUCUGGAGCAUCUUGUGGGUGGGAAGUUCGUCGACCCGUAGCCGUAUCUGCCAUGCUUAGUUGUCUUGGACUCCAGCCCCGCGAAGCUACCCAUUCUUGCCUUACAAAAGCUCCUUUCGCCGUCGUGACACACGGUCUUAUGCGGAGUAAAACUGCACAUGGUGCGGCUGCACUUCUCAAGCUCCUGCCCAUGCCAAACGUCUCUUCUAUUGUUGUUGAACCUAUUGUAAACAAACAACCUGAGGAGAACAUUGAUUCUAUAAAUGACGAAACACCUUGUAAAAAAAUGAAAUUGACAGAAUAACUAUGUACCCAGCUUUUUGUAUAUAGUAGUAAAAUUAGUCAUACACAUGUGUUGACGAGAGACGUUUUUCUUCUGAAGACAAACUUUCAUGACCAAGGUUUAUAAGU